CCUCUUCCUAGCCGAGCGCCGCCGCCAACGCCCCUUAAAGGCGCCCGGUCCCGAGCCGGGCGAGCCGACUCCUCGGGUCCGGCCCGGAACUGCGGUAUGGAGUCGUCCCGGGGGCGGCCUGAGCCCGAGGCAGAGCUUCAGGGUCCGGGUGCACAGCCAGCCGCGGUGUCCGGCGACGAGCCCGGGCGGUCGCCCUCCGAGCCGCCCCCGGGGCCCCGGGCAGGCCGGGAGGAAGAAGGCGUGGACGCGGGCGGCGCGGGCCGCCACCCCGGCGUGUCCCCGAAGACUUCGAGCGGCGGCGGCGGCCGCCGGGCGCCCCCGGAGGCUCGGCAGGACCAGCCCGACGCCCGGGGAGAGUCGCCCGGGACGGGGAGCCGCCGGGUGGCGCUGGCUCCUGGGCGGGGCCGGGCCGGGUCUCCGCGUCCGGAAGGGACCGAGCCUCCCGCGGACCGGGCUGCGUCCGAGAGGGCCGGCCGUGGCGGGAGCCCGGGGGGCGCGGGGCCGGGCGCCGAGCCGGACGGAGAGGACGAGGCGGCGGCGGCGGCUGGCCGGGCCGGCCGAGCCUUCGCCAGCCGCCUGCAGGACAGCCGCAGCCUGGACGGGCUGAGCGGGGCGUGUGGCGCGGCCGGGCCCGCGGCAGGGGUCGAGUCCGGCCCCGGCGCUGGGCGUCGCGCCACCAUCUCUAGCCCCUUGGAGCUCGAGGGGACCGUGAGCCGCCACGGCGACCUCACGCACUUCGUGGCCAACAACCUGCAGCUCAAGAUCCGCCUGAGCGGCGCCUCGCAGCCUCCUCUCCCGGUCCCCGCGCGGCCGUGUCCGGCUCCCGGCCUCACCCCGGCCAUCCCCCCCAUAGACCCGGACGUGCUGCGGGACCUGGAGCGGCUGAGCCGGGAGCUGGGCGGCCGGGUGGACCGUCUGCUCCGCGGGCUGGGUGGCGCGGUGCAGGAGCUGACAGCGCUGAGCGUGGGCUGCAUCCAGACCUACCGCGACGCGGUGGACUCCCUAGGCGAAGCCGUGGACAUGAGCAUCAAGGGCAUGUACACGCUGCUGGCGCGGUGCGAGGAACUGGAGAGGGCCCUGCAGCCGGUCCAGGGGCUGGCGCGUCAGAUUCGGGACAUCAGGCGCACCCUGGAGGUGUUGGAAGCCCUGUGCAAGUGACUCAGAGGGCUGGAGACACCCCCUACACACACACGCGCACACACGCACACGCAGAAUCCUAAAGACUCUUGAAGGAACUCUGCCAGGAGCUGCCUGUUGAGAAAAGACCUAUACGACUCUUGCAAAUGCGUUAAAUAGGCUCGUGCCCCUUCCUGGGGCUUGUGCAAGUUUUUAUGAAGAUAUCCUAAGGACUCUCCUAAUGAGGGGGAUGACGCCCUGCUUCUGUUCAGUUGACCCUCUGUAGCUACCUUAUGCUCCCCAGCUCAUUCCUAGCCAAAGCACCAUCCUGGGAACCCAGGGUUUUAGGUCUUGGCCUGGGAUACUAUUUCCGUAAAGUGGAUGAGAGAACAGAAGAGGUCCCAACCCUCAAAGUGACACCCGAUUGCUGUGGCCAUAUCUCAGGUGCCAAGGGCUGUGGGAACUUAAGAGGUCCCUGGCCAUACACCAUGCAGAUAAUGUUGCACACUGCAUAUGGAUAACUUCCUGCUUCUCACCCUCUGGUCCCUUGCCAUGCUAGUUUCUCCAUCCCAACAGGAGUGAAUAGGAGAAAUGCGUUCCCUGGUGAAGGGAUCUCACUGUUCUCAGGGUUCAGGUAGAAUUUUUGCUGCUUUUGAAGCCCACCUACUGUGGAGUGUUCUAAUCAGUUUUGGCUUUCUAAGUUUUUGUGGAAUUAAAGUGCUGCUACUCCGAAG